AUGGAAAAAAUGUCUCGGAGCAACAACAACAGCAACGAUAUGCUUGAAUUGACAGCGUACUACCGCGAAGUGGUCCGUCAGAUGAUGUACUGUAACGGAGAUCUUGAAGAUCCGUUGCCGUCUAGCGUUGAGAUGGUGUUGGACAUGGCUAAAUAUCAAAUGGUCAAAGCUCUUGAAGAUGCUUGGAAGCAGGCUGCCACAGAGAAUAGGGACGUAAUCACACUCGAAGAUGUGCUUUUUAUCUUCAGAAGACAUAAGUUCUUAAUGAAGAGAUUGCUACAUUUUGCUGAUACCGCUGAACGGAUUAAUGAGUUGAAACGAGCAGCUCCACAAACGGGAAAACUGGACGAGGAACCUGAUCAGGAGAGCAGCAUGGACGACGAUGAUGUCGUCGGUGUGGCCAGUACCAGUGUACCUGACUCCAAUUACGGUCGGAUGCUGAAGUAUGUGGAAUCACUGGGUCUGGGAGAGGGCGCAGAACAGUUGCUUGCGGAACCGGAUUUGGAGCUUGAACAAAGGCAACGUCGAAUUGCCGACAUUGUGAUGAAUGAACUCACUGCGGAAGAAUACCCACGAUUCACUGCUGCGCGCACGGCCACUUUCCUUGAUGACUUCAAGAAGUAUACAAGAAAGAAAGACGCUGGAAAUUUGUUGAGAUGGCUAGGAGCUCCGAAGUGUGAGCCUGUGGUUCCAUUUGUUCUUGCGUUCAUCGGUCGUGAAGUCGUGGCGUACUACGUUGACGCGGCGUGUGUCAUUAUGAGAAACGAAGAGAAGAAUCUGUUCCUCAACGAGAUCCAUGACGGUCACAUAGCUGGGAAAGACGACAUCUGUCCUCUGCAGGUGCGCGUUUUCUAUGAGAGCUUGUUUUGA